UCAGUCGGCACUCCGCCCUAUUAACACCGACUAAACGAUGUCUGCCAGAUUCAGCCAACUGAAGCAACUGCCGAUAAGCUUGCACCCGAAGGGUAGAGCCACUGUACAUUUAGAAGCGGACCACUGGGGGUCAAAGGACCACCGGCGGUGGAACAGCUCAUUAAGGACUCAAUCAUCAGCGGAAAAUGGCAGUCGCGUUAUAUUCUCUGGGAUACAACCCACUGGUGUCCCGCACAUAGGAAAUUAUUUGGGUGCUUUACGAGAAUGGGUCAAGCUCCAAAAUAAUACGGCACCAGGAACUAAAUUGUUCUUUUCAAUCGUUGAUCUCCAUGCAUUAACGAUCCCCCAAGAUCACAACCAGUUCAAGAAAUGGAGGAAAGAGUCAUUUGCGACAUUACUCGCUAUCGGGCUAGAUCCAACACGCUCGACUUUGUUUUAUCAGUCCGCUGUUGCCGCACAUGCUGAACUCUUCUGGAUUCUCUGCACUACAUCAUCCAUGGGAUAUCUAUCUCGUAUGACCCAAUGGAAAAGUAAACUUAAAUUGUCCGACGACGCUACGUUGGAACAUUCAACGGCGAGAUCGAAAUUGAGACUCGGUUUAUUCUCGUACCCUGUUCUGCAGGCUGCAGAUAUUUUGGUACAUAGAGCGACUCAUGUUCCUGUUGGGGAAGACCAACGACAACACCUCGAGUUUUCCAGAUCGACUGCGAAUAGUUUCAAUCACCUCUACGGCCCAAUUUUCCCUUUGCCAGAAGCUCUUAUAUCCCCCGCGAAGCGAGUAAUGUCACUCAAGGAUCCGCAUUUGAAGAUGUCGAAAUCUCAUACCGAUGAUCGGUCAAGAAUUCUGUUGACUGACUCCCCUGAAGACAUUCAUAAAAAAAUAAAAGUAGCUCUGACGGACUCGGAGGUAGGUAUAGCCUACGACCCUAUCCACCGGCCCGGGGUAUCUAACCUCCUCGAAAUACUCGGUCAUUUUGAGGAACGGCCAUGUGACGAGCUAGCCUCGGAGUAUAGGUCCGCUAGCCUUCGUUCUUUGAAAGAACACUUGGCCACUAGGAUUUCCAAGGACCUCGAGCACAUAAGAGAGAAAUAUUUUUCGAUCAUGGCGGACAAAACUAGUUAUCUUGAAUCAGUUGCGGAGCAAGGGGCACAGGAUGCGCGUUGCAAUGCUGAGCUGACUAUGAAACAUGUCAGAGAAGCAGUAGGUCUUUGACAGAAUUGCACUUUCUAUCCAAGAUUCGGGGACACUGGGAGAGAGGCACGUAUUUACUUCCCGAGUUGUACAUUAGGAUUAUCACAUGUAGUGAAUCAUGGAAAAU